AGUGGUAAAUAGAGUUGAAGGAAAAGGACAAGCGACUGAUUUGACUGCGGCUGCAGAUCCAAUUCCAAUAUUACCCACUUGCCCUAUUUGCCUCUCAACUCGUCCUUUGUUUCUUUCCAAAAAAGUACUUCUCCUUUUGCAACUAGCCCUUGUUUUUGUUUACUUCUUCUACAUUUAGCAUCUUUCAUUUUUCCCCCUUUCCUUUCCUUUCCCAAUUCUUAAAACGGCACUACUCCUAGUUUGUGCUCUCCUUUUUUCCUUGUAAAUCCUGAUUGGGUUUCUUACAGUAGAGCUUCGUUCUACAAUUGUGGUGAUCUAGCUAGCUAUUUAUGAACUUGUGCUGCUGAUUGGAUACCUAGCUAUACUCAUUGAAGGGUUGUUUUUCCGAUCGAUCGGUAUAUAUAUAUAAGUUAGUUAGUUAUUUACAGGUUUUUGAAUCGGCCAACUCCACAAACUUACUGGAUCCGAUCCUUUGUAAGUUAUGCAUCGAUAUUCAUGACACUAUACCUCAAUGUACAACUAUUUUUAUAUAUAAUUUAAUUAGUUACAAGUUAAGAUCGAGGAUCAUAAAUUAGUAGUAGAUGGAUUUUAAUUAUAGUUUGGGAUUGAGCCGGGGUGAAUCUGAUAGUGAUGCUGGUGCAAGUUCCGGUGGUGGAACUUCAAAUCGCCGGCCUCGAGGGCGUCCACCUGGAUCUAAAAAUAAGCCCAAGCCUCCAAUAAUCGUGACGAGAGAUACACCUAAUGCACUCAGAUCUCACGUGCUUGAGGUUUCAACGGAUGUUGAUAUCAUGGAAAGUGUCUCUAAUUACGCCAGGCGGAGAGGUAGAGGUGUUUGCAUUCUUAGUGGUAGCGGUACUGUUGCUAACGUCAACAUUCGUCAGCCUGCUUCCCCUGCUGGAAGUGUAGUCACUCUUCAUGGCCGUUUCGAGAUACUUUCCCUCUCAGGUACCGUGCUUCCUCCGCCUGCACCGCCCGGCUCCAGCGGCAUCUCUAUAUUUUUGUCUGGUGGACAAGGACAGGUUGUUGGAGGAUCCGUCGUAGGUCCUUUGAUCGCAUCAGGUCCGGUGGUGUUAAUGGCUGCCUCCUUUGCUAAUGCUGUAUUUGAACGCCUUCCCUUGGAGGAAGAGGACGGGGCUGCGCCGCCUCCUCCUCCUCCUGCUGUUGCUGCUACACAGGUACAGCCUGCUGCUUCACAGUCAUCAGGAGUAACCUGUGGUGGAGAAGCCGGUACUGGGCAUCCUGCUGGAACUGGGGAAGGUGGUGGUGGAACUAUGGCUUUUGGGAAUGGUUACUCAUUCUCAGCUGAGUUGCUUGGAUGGGGUGGCAAUGCUGCAAAUGAUCAAAGGCCCCCAUUUUAGUAUAUAUAAGCUAAGGAUGAUUGCGUUGCAAAAUUAGAAUGAUCAUGAGAGAACGUACCGGAUAAUUUUCGCCAGUGUUAAUAAUUACUACGAUUUAGCUUUCAUAUGAUUAUAUAUCUCAAAAUGGUUGGAGAUCGAUCGAGUGGAUGGAAUAGCUGGUGCAGGAAAUAGGAAGUUGUUGAAUUGCAUAGCCAGUUGUGGUUAGCUAAGACUGGAUUUUUCUAUUCCACUAACAGUGAAGCAUCAAUAGCAAGAGGCAGUUAUAAUUACUAUGGGGACAAGAGAAGGAAUCUAACUUUCUAUAUAUGAAACUUGAUAGCAUUGAGAGCAUUAUUCCAAAGGUGAGUAGCUAUCUUGCAUUUCAUGUACAUAGUGUUUGUACAAAUACUAUAUAUCACAUGAAACAAUGCUCAUCUUGGUUGUCUAAUCUUGUGCAAUUUUCCAUUGAUUUUCACUUGGCCUAUGAGAAUUUGUUUUGUUGUAAUCUUAGAUUACUAGGUACUUACGUAUGCAAUGGUGCAAAUAACUAUUACAAGAUAAAUUAGAGCUUUUACAGUGAUCAGUUUUCAGAUAUUGAUCGAUAUCCGUCGUUUUGUCCUGAACUACUUUUAUUGAAAUAUAUAUUGCUGAUUUUUAUCA